GCGAGCCAGCGCCUUAACCACCUAGCCACCGUGGCUCCCCGACCGUUGGUGCAAAACAGUAGCACGUUAAACCAUAUUUGAUUUCAUUUAUGACACCGUUAAAUAGGACUGUUGGUGACAGAAAGAUGUAGAAUUUCAAUAAUUCCUAUGCGCGCAGGGGACUUUGUUCUAAAGUAGGUCUAGUGAGGGGAAACCGAAGGAUCCAGGCCACAAUGUUUGACAACACAAAAAUUAUUAAAUUCGUGAAAUUUAUUCAAUAAUUUAUGAGGUAUUCCCCAGAAACAAAAACCUGGAAGGAAGGAUGAACGAAUCGACGGGCGGAGAAAAGUUCCAGUUGUCGAGUUUACUCCAUAAUUCUGUUCGAUUAUUUCCUCGGUGUAGUGCUUUAGGGGAAAGAACUCUGUUUAACGUUUCAGUUAUCUCCCCAUGACAAUAAAUCUGUUUUGUUGCUUCUAAUUUGGUUUAUCAGUAUUUGAAAACAUUAAAAUCACAUAGGAAAUAAUAUAUAUAUGCAUUAUUUCUAAUUUGCUAUGUAGUUUUAAUGAUGUUUUUAUUCUUAAAAGUAAAGAGGUGGCUGUAAAUGAACAUUUUUAUGAACUCUUUUGUAAUGAAGUUUAAAAGAAUGGGAUUAAAUGAAAGUAGAUCUUCCGGUUAAUAACAAUAAUUUGUUUUGGUUCUUUGUUCAUAUUUUGAGAUAUGUUGAUCAUAGUAAUUUGAUAGUAUUUAAUUGCAUGUGAGAUAGAUUGGUCAGCUAGAAUGUCUGUAAAUUAUGCAACUGGGUUAUCAGAGUAUGCUAGUAAAGGUAAAUGUGGUUUACCAGAACUAUUUGAUGAUGAUGAAACAGUAGAAAAUAAAAUACAGCAACUAGUGGACAUGGUGAAGGCUUGUCAACAUCUUGUGGUACACACAGGAGCUGGUAUUAGCACAUCUGCUGGUAUACCAGACUUUAGGGGACCAAAAGGAGUAUGGACGCUUGAAGAAAAGGGAGAAACUCCAAAAAUUGAUAUAACAUUUGAAUCUGCAAGACCAACUAAAACUCAUAUGGCAUUAGUUGCACUGGAAAAUGCUGGAAUUGUGAAGUAUGUUAUCAGUCAAAAUGUUGAUGGUUUACAUGUACGAUCAGGUUUACCAGUAAAUCGUCUAUCUGAACCUCAUGGUAAUAUGUUUGUUCAAACCUGUGAUAAAUGUCAUACCAAGUAUAUUAAUAAUAAAUGUAGUCCUACAAUGGGUUUAAAGCCAACAGGUGAACAAUGUAGACAACAGAAAGCCAGAGGUGUAUGUAGGGGUCAUCUACAUGAUGCUAUAUUAGAUUGGGAAGAUGCUCUACCUGAUCAUGAUUUAACUUUAGCAGAUAAACAUUCAGCGAAAGCAGAUCUGAGUCUGUGUCUGGGAACAUCUCUACAAAUCAUACCAUGCGGUAACCUGCCACUCAGUGCCAGGAAAAAUGGUGGCAAGUUGGUCAUUGUUAACUUACAGACUACUAAACAUGAUAAGAAAUGUGAUCUAAAAAUCAACACAUACAUUGAUAGAGUAAUUUGUGGUCUGUGUGAAAAACUUAGUAUCAUCAUUCCUGAAUUUGAAAAACCGGUCGUAAAUCUAAAAUCGAUUCACACAGUUAAAUCCGAGAAAAAAUGUCCAAAAAUAAUUGUGGAUGAAGCAUUGAUGGCAGAUCAGAAGAGAGACAUUAAAAAAGAUGUUAAAAUAAAAUUAGAAAAAGAAGCUACGGCACCAGCAAAUAAAUCUCAGGAGAAAUCACAAGAACCAAUAGCAGCAAAAAUAGAAUCACAUAGUGAUCAAAUUCUUGAUAAAAAAGGCAUCAAAAUUGAAGAUGAUGACUGUGCAAAAUUUGACUCAAAUUCAUCACAAAAUAAUACCAGUGAUAGUUCAUUAAUUACCAGUAAUAUGUCAAAUCCACAACCAGAUACUCCAUUAAUUAAUUGUACUUCAAAGAAAAUAGAUGUCAAUAAUAGUUUAACUUCAAAUACCAUAUGUACAAUGUCAACCCAGAACAACUGUGUAUUACUUGAAAAUUGUGAUAAAACAUUAGAUGAACCUACGGCUAAAAUACAGAAAUUGGUUGAAGGAUAGCCAAUGGCGACUGAACAUUGUUUUAAACAGCACAGAAACAACAUGAUUGCCUCUUAAUUUAUUAAGACAAUAUGGAUCCAUUUUUUUCUGAAUUUUAAAUGUAUAAUAGUUGUUCUUACAUACAUAUAGUGUAUUAAUAUUUUUUUA